CCUCCGCCUUUCGCGUCGUGGGUAAUUACCACUCUCUACCUGGAUUUACGUAUUGACACCUUAUUCAAGAGAAUUUCCGACAUUCAUAUGAAAGUAAAAGACCUGCCACUGUUCAGCUUCUCCAAAGUUCGGCUUUGCUGCUAUAGUUCGUCCUGAAGUUCGUUAGGAUACUCUGUCUUGGAAACGUCGAGUCGCAGAACACCUACCUCUGAUUGGCAUCGAAGGCCUCGUCCUUUUCACAAUCUUUGACGCUCAAGAAGUCGGGCCAGCUACUCGAGCGCUAUGCCUCUCCGUACAGCCUAGCGACGAAGCGCUAACUUUUGUACCGGUGAAUAUUUCUGGCGACUACUGUGAUGUUUAUUAUGCCGUACUGGCUGCUCCCUUUGAUUUCGGCAUAUGUUUGGUUUACUAUGCUUCUAGGCAUACUAAUCAAGUGGCAGGUUGAUGGACGUCCAAAAUACCCCAGCAUGUCACAAAACCAAAGCAUUACCUAUAUAUCAGACGUUAGCGCCUAGAAUCUUAAGCCAUUAUUCGUGACUAGUAGUAUCAUCACAACUAUUUUGUUUAAUCUUAACUCACUGUGUAAACACUAGCUUCGGCACAAGGGUCACUUGGCACGAAACAAAGAGCGUAGAGACAAGACUUUGUCGAUAUUGUCGACCAUAUCGGCUGUCUGCGGGACAGCAGGCUUGAUUUUACUUUUAAUAUUCGACACGGUAAGAUAUCUAACCGUUCACAAUAUUUUUCUAUUUCUAUUUAUUAGUGGCUACCUUCUUAACGCGAUAUUCAUCUGCGCGGUAUAC